GGGCCCGGGCCGCGCUGCCUGCGAUGCCGGGCGCCCGCCGCAGCCGUCGCCGCCGGAGCCCGGGAUGGGGCGAGGAGAGGCUGCGGCGGACGCCAGCAUCUCCCCGCCGGGGACCCCGGGGGCCCCGGAUCCGCCGCCGCCGCUGCUGCUGCCGCCGCUGCUGAGACCCAGCGGGCGAUGGGAUGAAGAUGAGACGCUACAAGCUCUUUCUCAUGUUCUGUAUGGCUGGCCUGUGCCUCAUAUCCUUCCUGCACUUCUUUAAGACCUUAUCCUAUGUCACCUUCCCGAGAGAACUGGCCUCCCUCAGCCCUAACCUCGUAUCCAGCUUCUUCUGGAACAAUGCCCCUGUCACUCCCCAGGCCAGUCCGGAGCCGGGUGGCCCCGACCUAUUGCGGACACCCCUCUACUCCCACUCUCCCCUGCUCCAGCCACUGUCCCCGAGCAAGGCCACAGAGGAACUGCACCGGGUGGACUUCGUGUUGCCGGAGGACACCACGGAGUAUUUUGUGCGCACCAAAGCUGGUGGUGUGUGCUUCAAACCAGGUACCAGGAUGCUGGAGAAACCUUCGCCAGGGCGGACAGAGGAGAAGCCCGAAGUGGCUGAGGGCUCCUCAGCCCGGGGUCCUGCUCGGAGGCCCACGAGGCACGUGUUGAGUACGCGGGAGCGCCUGGGCAGCCGGGGUACUAGGCGCAAGUGGGUUGAGUGUGUGUGUCUGCCAGGCUGGCACGGGCCCAGCUGCGGGGUGCCCACGGUGGUGCAGUAUUCCAACCUGCCCACCAAGGAACGCCUGGUACCCAGGGAGGUGCCGAGGCGGGUUAUCAACGCCAUCAACAUCAACCACGAGUUCGACCUGCUGGAUGUGCGCUUCCAUGAGCUGGGAGAUGUCGUGGACGCCUUCGUGGUCUGCGAAUCUAAUUUUACCGCCUACGGGGAGCCUCGGCCGCUCAAGUUCCGAGAGAUGCUGACCAAUGGCACCUUCGAGUACAUCCGCCACAAGGUGCUCUAUGUCUUCCUGGACCACUUCCCACCUGGUGGCCGUCAGGACGGCUGGAUUGCGGAUGACUACCUGCGCACCUUCCUCACCCAGGAUGGCGUCUCCCGCCUGCGCAACCUGCGGCCCGAUGACGUCUUUAUCAUCGACGAUGCGGACGAGAUCCCUGCGCGUGAUGGUGUGCUGUUCCUCAAACUCUACGAUGGCUGGACAGAGCCCUUCGCCUUCCACAUGCGGAAGUCCCUGUAUGGUUUCUUCUGGAAACAGCCGGGCACACUGGAGGUGGUGUCAGGCUGCACCAUGGACAUGCUGCAGACCGUGUAUGGGCUGGAUGGCAUCCGCCUGCGCCGCCGCCAGUACUACACCAUGCCCAACUUCCGGCAGUAUGAGAACCGCACCGGCCACAUCCUAGUGCAGUGGUCUCUCGGCAGCCCCCUGCACUUCGCGGGCUGGCAUUGCUCCUGGUGCUUCACACCCGAGGGCAUCUACUUUAAACUCGUGUCGGCCCAGAAUGGCGACUUCCCCCGCUGGGGUGACUAUGAGGACAAGAGGGACCUCAAUUACAUCCGCAGCUUGAUCCGCACUGGGGGAUGGUUCGACGGCACGCAGCAGGAGUACCCUCCUGCGGACCCCAGUGAGCACAUGUAUGCUCCUAAAUACCUGCUCAAGAACUAUGACCAGUUCCGCUACUUGCUGGAAAAUCCCUACCGGGAGCCCAAGAGCAAUGUAGAGGGUGGGCGCCGGAACCAGGGCUCAGAUGGAAGGCCAUCUGCUGUCAGGGGCAAGUUGGAUACAGUGGAGGGCUAGGGCUGUGCAAUUUCACUGGGCUGGGUAGGCUGAAAUAAUGGCUAAGCCAGUGCUAUCUUUGGCCUCCUCGUUAUCCCGGGGCUCUUGAGAGAACCAGGAGUCCUUGUAGAUGGAUGGUCCUCUGUGCUCAGGCCUCUAGAAUUAAGGGUCAGGCCUUUCACCCUAAAACAGAAAAAAAUUAUUUUCUAGUAGAGAAGAGCAAGCCCAGACAUCUAUGCAGCAUUUUUAUUCCCAAGAGUGCUGUGGGAAAGAGGUGUUCCUGGAGGGCAUAAGGUGGUGUUCUGGGACUGGGAGUGCUAUGGAACUUCAGUCUAGUUAAAGAGAAGCCCACCGUUGACACCUGGGACUGUUGUCCAUUACAGGACAAGGAGGUAUACCAUGCCAGGGGUUCCCAGAAUCUUGUAAAUGAAUGCAUUUGGGUCCAGGAGCAAGAAGAGACAGUAGGGAGGGACUAGAAACUGUAUUUGCUCUUGAUGUGGGCCAAGAAGCUAGGGAAGCACCGGAAGGUACCCUGGAGAGAGCGCACUUGGCAGCUUCCUCAGACAUGCUGGACCCAAGGAAUGAGGUCCCGCAGGGCUGGGAGGAUGGGCCGUCAGUCCCAUUGCCUCUGUAAGAAGGCAUGCUGGGGGUGAUGUGAACUCUUCCUCUGGUCCCAAAUGUACCCUUGACAGCUAUUCUCACUUUUCCUCUUGCUGUCUUGUGGGAGCCACUUGCAAAGGACUCUAGGAGUCUAGUUUUUGGGGUGGGACAGGAGCUGGAGACCAUAAGGACAGCCAGUAUAGUAGGUGAGACAAGAGAAGGAGACUGACAGAGGCCUCUCCACGCCUCUCUCCCUCCCUAUCACUCUCUGCCGGCAUCCAGUCCCAUAUUACAGCAUCCCAGUUCUGUGCCACUCCACCCCCACGCCCAUAAGAGCAGGCUAGGGGCCAGGAAGGGACCACAAGGUUCUCCUGGGUCCAAGAAAGAACAUUAAGGUCAGUGGUAUAUCAACCCAUCCCUCUUAAAUUUGCCUUGUGGGUGGGGGGUACAGGAUGUAUUUCAGAAGAUGCUAAGCUGCUGUAGAAGUCCCUUGGCAACCAGCAAGCAAUUCAAAUAAGACCAGCUUGUUACUAAGUAAAUAGUCCAGGAAGAGAUGGUCCAAAGCCUGUUAGACAGUCAGCUUAGCUUCACAUACAGCUUCCAGGUCUGGAUAGAGGGGCUGCACCUGCUCGCAUGAUAAGAGGAGGAAGUGUGGACUCUUCCCUGUGAAGGGCAGGAGUCAGAUGUGUCUGUUGCUUCUGAUAGUGUCUUACUGGUCUGGACUUAGCUGCAUGGCUAUAGGUAGUUGCAAGGAAAACUGGGAAAUGUAGUUUUGAGCAGGACUGCCAUAUGCCUGCCUCCAUUUGAGAGUUCUGUAUUACUAGCGGCACCCUUAAGGAAGGGUACAAGUGAUUGCUCAUUACCCUGCUCUCUUCCUAUCUGCCCUGGGGUUGAGUUACAGUGGGGACUUGCAGGUGUAUGGGAAGAAUGGGUGCCUCUUCCUGAGGCCCUUGACCUUCCCUUGAUGCCAGUAUGCAGGGCUACCUGUGGAAUGGUCCGUGUUUGUGCGUGUAUGUAUAUUUAUGGGCAUGGGUGCAUGCUUGGUGUGUAUUGUACAUGUCUGUAUCCAUGUGUCCCUGUACAAAGAUGAUACUCACGUGUGGGUGUAGGAGCCUAAGCUUGGCUGUCCUCUUCCUUAGGACCUGGAUCUUAUAGUCUCAUCUCCUAUGGCUCCACGAGAUGCCCGAUACAGGAAGUCCUUGGGGGAACCUUGAAAGCAAGACUAGAAGGGAGUACAGGGUCUGUCUGUCUGUCUGUUUUUCAGUCUGAGGAAUGGAAUCUUCCUAGCUAUAUGGAUAUGCAGCUGAGAGCCCACCACUCCCUCAGCCCCUCUUGGCUCUCUACAUCCUUCUCCUGCCACCUCAGCAUCUCUUGGAUGUAGCUCUGUCUGGAGUAGUUUGCCACGUGGUGGCUGCUCUGACAAACAGGCAUGAAGGGCUCUAUGGCUUCUCUCCUCCCAUUGAGGAACACCCUCCAUGGAACCUCUCCUUCAAAGAGCCUUCCUCUCUAGUUCCUCUAGGGACUGAGAGGUGGUCACAGAAGUCAGGGCAUCCCAGGGACUGAUGGGUCCAUCUGAGCCAGGGCUCUCUCCUGAGAUGUCUGUGGAUGCUUCUGUGAUACCUACCCCCUUGAAUGAAAUCCUUACCCCACACUCUUGGUACCCUCAGCUGCUUCACUGAUAUCCUGUUCUAGGUAUUUCAGGGCUCCUGCCCACAAGUGACCAAUUCAGGGAGGGAGAAGGACCCUGGGAAAGCACAGGUCUGCUGGGCUGGCCUUCCUUCUCAGAUAGUACAAUAGUUUCAACUAGGCAGGAAGAGGCCUGGCCAUGGGCUGAGAGACCACCCUCAAGAGGUGGGAGCUAAAGAGUUUCACAUAUAACCACAGCAUACACUGGGAAGUUGAGGGGCAGGGGACCCAGGACCAUUCCCCCAAUAUGAAGAGAAACCGAAUUGAAUGUGAAUGUGGGCACAUUCUCCAGGAACCACUGGCCUGGGACCUCUAGACCCAAGGAAGCCUAUACUGGCGUCCAGCUGGCCUCAUUCACCCAGGGGUCACAGUGGUUAAAAGGGACAAGCUUGUUGAAGCUUUGGAAACAAAGGUAAGAUUCAGGGUGGGAAGAUAGGACUCACCCAAGCAGGAGGAAGGGCCCUGGGAAAUGUGUAAUUUAAGGACACCAAUAAUAAUAAUAAUAGUAUUAUUUUUUUUGUAAAUGAAAAUCAAUAUGUACAUUCUGAAAUCAUUUUCUCUGUAAAUGGUUGAAUUUCAUUUCACCCUUAAAGGGAUGCUUAAAGGAGAAGAUAAUAUUAAUAAUAAAACAGCUGAGAAGUCUGGA